AUGCCUCGACUGCUCAGGUGGGCACGCCAGUUGUGGCCUGAGGCCCCAAGCUACAGGGAUGCCGGCGAUCGCGGACCCGGCCCCGCGAUUGUCAAAACCGCCGCAACCACCACUUCCAACCACAGCCCGCCUGCAGUAGCCCAACCACCACGAGCCCGCGUCUCCAGCACCACCGCCGCUUUUGCUUUCGCCGUUGCUGUUGCCGUUUUCGCCGCGUCCGUCUCCCUCACUCUCUACCCCAAGAGCCCCCAAAAUACCGCCAGGGUGUCGGAGCUACGAGUGGAAAACAUAGACCCUGCGCCCAGCAUGGCGCGUGUUUACGCAGAUGUGAACGCGAACAUGCCGCGGUCCUACUGGGACUAUGACUCGGUCAACAUCUCGUGGGGCGUCCUCGAGAACUACGAGGUCGUCCGCAAGAUCGGCCGAGGCAAAUACUCCGAGGUCUUUGAGGGCAUCAACAUCGUCAACUACCAGAAAUGUGUCAUCAAGGUCCUCAAGCCCGUCAAGAAGAAGAAGAUAAAGCGCGAGAUCAAGAUCUUGCAGAACCUCAGUGGCGGACCCAACAUCGUCGCUCUGCUGGAUGUCGUUCGCGACAACCAGAGCAAGACUCCCUCUCUGAUCUUCGAAUACGUCAAUAAUACCGACUUCAGAAGCCUAUACCCCAAGUUCCAGGAUUACGAUGUGCGCUUCUAUAUUUUCGAGCUGCUGAAGGCCCUGGACUUCUGCCACAGCAAGGGUAUUAUGCACCGAGACGUCAAACCUCACAACGUCAUGAUCGACCAUGAAAAGCGCAAGCUGAGACUCAUUGACUGGGGUCUUGCUGAGUUCUACCACGCCGGCACUGAAUACAACGUCCGUGUCGCGUCCCGCUACUUCAAGGGCCCUGAGCUCCUUGUCGACUUCCAGGAGUACGACUACUCGCUUGACAUGUGGUCGCUGGGCGCCAUGUUUGCAUCCAUGAUCUUCCGCAAGGAGCCCUUCUUCCAUGGAAACAGCAACUCGGACCAGCUGGUCAAGAUUGCCAAGGUCUUGGGUACUGAAGACCUCUUCGACUACCUUGACAAAUAUGACAUUGAGCUCGACGCUCAGUAUGACGAUAUUCUCGGCCGCUUCCCCAAGAAGAGCUGGCACAGCUUCAUCAACGCUGAGAAUCAGCGGUUCGUCAGCAAUGACGCCAUUGAUUUCCUUGAUAAGCUCCUCCGCUACGACCAUCAGGAGCGUCUUACUGCCAAGGAGGCCAUGGCCCACCCCUACUUCAACCCGGUCCGUCAGGCGUGCAUGCAGAACAACACGAGCUCUUCAUGA